AUGUAUUUAGCAGAUAUUGUAGGUAUUCUUUCUAAGUACGGCAUUGUUGACUGGCUAGUAAGCAUUAUUGUCCUCGUUGCAGCACUUAUCAUUAGAUUUAUUCCAUUCAAUUCGGACUUUACUCCAAUGAUUUCAUCUGAUAUCAGCAACCAAUUAUCCACUUCAACAUUAUCUUACGCUCAGACAUACAUCAUUACAUUUGGCAUCGGCUUAGCUAUUGUUGCUUGUAUUUGGUUAAUCGCAUUCUAUGAUGUUAAUGUUUUCAAGGUUACAGCAUCAUACGUAUUUGGUAUUUCUGCAUCAAUGCUUGCUUGUGCAGCUGUUGCUAAGAUCAUUAGAAGACCAAGACCAGACACAAUUGCAUUAUGUGGUGGUGAUGGCUCUUUCCUUGCUUGCAGUGCAUAUCUUAGCAAAUCACAACUCACAUACCAGUUCUCUUCCUUCCCUUCAUCAGAAUCUGCAGAAGCUAUGGCAUCUGCAAUUUUCUUAUGCUUAUACUUAGGAUUAUUUAUGGGAUACGCAAAUAACUUUUCUACCCUCUUGAUGCUCCUACCACUUGUCUUCGGAAUUUUCGUUUCCGCAGCUUGCAUCUGGGAUCGCAGAAACCACAUUGAUGACGCCAUUGCUGGAAUGGUCAUUGGCUUAAUUUUCGGCUAUAUUUCAUUCCAACCCGUUAAAAAAGUCGUCAAACAAAAGAAAUUUGAACGACGCCCACAAGCUCUAACUGAAACAUCAUCUCUUCCAAUGCCGAAGUAUAACUAA